AUGGGGCCCGUGGGGAAUGGGGCGGGGAUGGAGAGCAAAUCUGAGGGCGGAGAUGGGGAGCAGGGAGGCAUCCCCCGUCCUCGCCCUACCCCAUUGACAUCCCUACAGACAGGUGGACGUGACACGUGUAUAUCUCGUUUACAGUAUGAACGAUUUUACAACCAUUACAACAAUUGUUGCUACUCUUCCUCCCUCUACCGCCCUAACCGACGCCUUCAGAAUCAGAGACGUCAUCGAACCGCAGUUUACCAGGAAGCCGGAAAUCGCACCAUCAUCGCAAGUCACCAGGAAGCCCUAAAUCAAAACUCACCAUCGUCGCGCCAUCAUCGUCGCUGCAUCCUUCCCAAAAUCGUCGCUGCCUCCUCCUUCCCAGCGUCGCUGAGUCUCUCCUCUCCGCGGCGUCGCUGCUUCUCCCUUUUCCGCGGCUUCAGUGCUUCUCCGUUCUCUGCGGCGUCUUUACGUCUUCUGCUUCGCUGCUUCUCCCCUGUUCUGCUUCGCUGCUUCUGCUUCACUGGGUUGUGCUUCGCUGCUUCUACUUUGCUGCUGCUGCUUCACUGCAUCGGCCAUUUGUGGGUUGUCAUCUGUGAGACAACAGUGAAGAAAACACGAGGACCUACACAAUGCUUGAAGAUUCAUGCAAGACAGUUGGAAGAUAGAGAAGAAAUUACUCUAGAUAUUGAAGGAGAGGCAAUUGGUCCUACUGAUGAAGCUGUAAACAACUUGAGCAAAUUUUUGGGCACAAUGGCAAGGAAUUCAGAUUUUUGUCCAUUAAUUUACACAAAUUGA